ACUGAGUGUAUGCAGGGUGGGACAGUAUGCUGCUGAUCCUGCUGAGAUGAACAACCUCAUAUUCCUCCUGUCCUUUCUCACUACCUGUACAGGCUUUAAAGUGAGCACCCCCGCAGGUCACAUCAUCGCAGUCCGAGGUCAACCGGCCAUCCUGGGCUGCGAGUUCACCCCUGACUCCACCUCUGACCUUUCAUCUCUGGUUGUCACAUGGCAGCGGGUGGAGGAUGCCCGUGUCGUGCACAGUUUCUAUUUCCAGCGGAACCAGCUGGAUUUACAGAGUCCGGUUUACCGUAACCGCACGGCGCUGUUCGUGUCCGAGCUGUGGAAAGGCAAUGCGACGCUCAGGAUCAAGCCGGUGGGGCCGACAGAUGUCGGGGGGUACCUGUGCACAGUGAGCAGCACCAAGGGCACGGAUAAAGCCACAGUGCAGCUGGAAUAUGGAGCUUUCUACACAGAACCGAGGCUGAGCGUAAACAUGAGUGGCUCCACCAUGACACUGCUUUACGAGACUGAGGGUUUCCCAAAGCCGGAGGUCAUGUGGUUUGGAGAACAUGGUGAAAUCCUCAGUGGCCAUACAGAGUUCAUCGACGACGCAGAUGGAGCGGGUGGAGCUGUGGGAUUGUAUUAUCUAAAGAGCAGCUACACGUCUCAGAAUUCUUCCCUGAAUGUCACCUUCAUGCUAAAGAACCAGCUCCUCAAUCAGCAUCUGCUCAGACCUGUCAACAUCAUAUCUGAUGGAGAGAAUCACAGCUGCAGAGCGAUCACGACGGCCUUCACCGUUUUUUGUGUGCUGUGCGUCCUGCUGUUACUAUGUGUCAUAAUCCUGCUGAUAAAGAUGCGGAGAACAGCUUGGCGUCAUUCGCAUCUGUUCACCAACGGCACUGCAAGCAGGAGGAACGAGAACGAAACGGGCUCGCUCUGAGACUUUUAUUUCUCCGUCUCAGUCCUGCUUUGGCUUGGUGAGAGAGAGUGAAGAAGAGGAUAAUAUUCAAGAUCUUGUUGAUGACCUUCAAAGUACUCAAUGGAUUGGCGCCAUCAUACCUCAGUGAUCUACUGGUGGUGAAGAAGCCACUACGGACACUACGCUUUAACAGUAACAACAUCACCGUUCUUUCUACGCCACCUUACAGAACCGAUACUUAUGGAAAGCUUGCGUUCACUUCAUGUGCACCGAGACUGUGGAAUCAACUUCCAAAGGCCUUAAAAGAAUCAACUGACAUUAAUGAUUGUAAAAAAGGACUUAAGACUUAUCUUUUCGAUUUACAUAUUUCAUCUUUCUAGUUUUUGAUUUUUGAAUCUCUAUGUCUUCUUGAUUGUGAUCUUUAUGAGAGAGAUGGGAGAAGGAAUCUCAAUGUUUCGUUUGCCGAGGUGUUGGAUUCUUUCUCUCAUCUUUCUUAUUUUCUUUUUUCCUAUGAGUACUAUAUACUAUGUACUACACUACCGUUCAAAAGUUUGGGGUCACUUUGAAAUGUCCUUAUUUUUGAAAGAAAAGCACUGUUCUUUUCAAUGAAGAUCACUUUAAACUAAUCAGAAAUCCACUCUAUACAUUGCUAAUGUGGUAAAUGACUAUUCUAGCUGCAAAUGUCUGGUUUUUGGUGCAAUAUCUCCAUAGGUGUAUAGAGGCCCAUUUCCAGCAACUCUCACUCCAGUGUUCUAAUGGUACAAUGUGUUUGCUCAUUGCCUCAGAAGGCUAAUGGAUGAUUAGAAAACCCUUGUACAAUCAUGUUAGCACAGCUGAAAACAGUUGAGCUCUUUAGAGAAGCUAUAAAACUGACCUUCCUUUGAGCAGAUUGAGUUUCUGGAGCAUCACAUUUGUGGGGUCGAUUAAAUGCUCAAAAUGGCCAGAAAAAUGUCUUGACUAUAUUUUCUAUUCAUUUUACAACUUAUGGUGGGAAAUAAAAGUGUGACUUUUCAUGGAAAACACAAAAUUGUCUGGGUGACCCCAAACUUUUGAACGGUAGUUUACAUGUCUCAUCUUCCAGUCUUAGAUUUUUGAACUUUCGUGGUUUUCUAUAUUUGAGUAUUUUUUCAUGAAUAAUUGAUUUGUGAUUAUUUAUGAGAGGGACGGGGGGGGGAGUCUCAACGUUUCGUCGGAGUUUUGUCGGAGCGUUUGGACUCUUUCUCUCACCUCUCGUAUUUUCUUUGAUAAUGUUUUUAUGUAAAUGAGUUUUUGUAGACAUUUAGACAUUUAUUUAUUAUUAUUAUCAUUAUUUCACAUAUAUUAUUGUAAGGGCAUUGAGAUUGUUAUGGAAUGCACAUAGAAAUUUAUUAUUAUUAUUACAUUCUGUUUAUUUGGCAAGAUUAUGCUCAAACAUUUCUUCAAGGACUUCAAAUAAGUUAACGUUAUUCACGUUAGCGUAACUCCGUUUUUACAUGCUAACUAACAGUGUCCAAGUUAACUAGCUAUGUGUUAACGUUAGCCGUGGACAAGGCGAUGGCAACUUGGCGGGAAAAUCCAUAGAAAGUCAUUUGACUAACCAGACUGCAUAGCUAUUACAACGUUAUCGCUAGCUCUAAAAGCACAGACAACUUCAUUACAAGCUUUCUCUUGGAAUAAAACAUUUACGUACCUCAAUAUGCUUCCGCAGGUUGGACGGCGAGUUUUUGUAGACCGUGAUGUGAUUUGUUUUUGAUAAACAAAGCAAACAUUUAAAAUGGAAUGAAUCUUUAAUCCUUUCAGAAAACUGAAACAUGGGUUCAUGGGCCAUGAAUGCGUGCAUUCCCCAGAAGAACCGCUUCCUUCCAUUCUGUCAUCAACAGAUUGUGUUCAAAUAACGCUGCUGAGAGAUCACUGAACUUGAUUUUAUACAGUCUAUGGACGUGACGUGACCCUAGUGAUUACUGAUCGGCUGUCUCAGUGUCACCUGCGAAAAAAUCAAUCACGUUUUAGAAAAGAAAAGAAAAAACAUCCACUUUCAAAGCUGCUUCAUCGUAACGAGUAACGAGGACCUUGAUAGAAAUGUAGUGGAGUGAAAAGUACGAUAUUCUCCUUUCAAAUGUAGUGACGUUAAAGUCAUAAGUUUCCAAAAAAAAUAAUACUCAAGUUAAGUACAGAUACUCAAAAAGUGUACUUAAGUCCAGUACUCAAGCAAAUGUACUUCGUUACUGUCCACCUCUGAAAAUGAGUGAUUGUACUGGAAUUAAACCUGAUCUGAUUAAUAUUAAUCAAGUUAACCCUUUAAUACGCAAAAACAAUCAAACACUUAAGGAAAUGAAUUUGUUACUAUUUUUUAACACAUCAGGUUUCAUUUCAUUUUUUUUUUUCAAAAUAUGAUAUUUAUUCUCAGUUUGAAAUAGUCAGAUGUCAGCUCAUCAAAACUGAACAUGCGGUUUACUUUUUUCUUUUUUUUACUUAAUAUAAGAUCAUAUUGUAAACUUAUUUUAAAAAGGAACAUUCACUGCCAAAUCAGUAGCCUUGCCUCAUUGUCUUGUCGUUUUUUUUUUAAAUAAUGCUAUUGGAUUUAAAGAUUUGUCAUAUUUCGAAACAUAUUCACUCA